ACAGCUCGUUCGUUUUCCGUUCCUAUCUGCAACAAACCCCAAAGCCGCACCAAAACCAACUCGAGCCAAAACCUCGACCCCCGAUCACCCGAUGGCAUCCGACGAGGUCUCCCCGGCGGCGGAGCGGGUUCGCGUGGUCGGCGCGUGGGCCGGCACUCUGGAGGUGGAGCUGGGCGCCUGGACGGUGCAGAUGCUGCGGGCGGAGGUGGCGCGGCGGGCGGGGGACGUGGAGCCCGACCGCGUCAGCCUCAUCUCCGGCGGGCGCUUGCUCAGGGACGAUCCCGCAUCCUCCCUGCAGAAGCUCGGUCUCAAGAGCAACGCCAAGGUGCUGUCCAGCCUCACCUCCCCCGAUCGCGGCAAGGCCAUCGCCGCCGAGGCCGCGGCGGCGGCGGUGGAGGAGGAGCAUGCCAGUAGGCUCGUCAGGCUUUGGGAUGCUGCAAAAGCAUUAUCUCAAAGGCAUUCAGAUGGCUCCUUUCCUGAAGAAGACUUCAACUUAGAUCUUGAGGAUCAGAGUGGCCAGAAAGUGAUGUUUGGAUCUGUCGAUGAUAUGAAGGCUCUGAAGAUGGCUCUAAUGCUUCAUCAAAAAGCCAAAGUUCUUAUCAAGAAGGACAUGUAUAAGGAGGCACUGGAUGUUCUAAUAAUGGCCGAGGAAGCCUUUUCUCUUUGUGACCCUAAACUCAUUGAGAGGGUUGAUAAUGUGCCAAUGCUUCAGCUGGAUAUAGUGUGGUGUUAUUUUAUGCUUCGUGAUGUAUCACGCUUAGAAGUUGCAGGGGAUCGCCUAAAAAAGGCUAGGGUAGGAUUUGAACGUUCCCACGGUAAAGAUUCCAGUCGCUUCAGAUUACUCCAGGCUGCCCGUCAUGCAGAUCUUGCCAUCUAUGUAAGGCUGGAGCUUUUGGAAGGAGUGGUAGCAUAUCAUAAUGGUCAUACUGAAAAGGCACGUGGCUCUCUCAGUUCUGCACAAUCUAAAUACAUGCAGUUGCAAGUACCAGAGGAAGCUAUAACAAUGUUAAUGGAGAUGGGGUACGAGGCACGCGCUUCAAAACGAGCACUAAAGAUGACUGGCUAUGAUAUUCAAUCUUCUGUUGAUCUCUUAUGUGAGGAGCGUGAAAAGAAAAUUCGUAGAAGAGAGCAGAACUUGGAGACACAAAGAGAAAUCAAGGAACAAUGGAAAUUUGGUAAAACACCCAUGAACAAGGCAGUUGAUAUGCAGAAGUUGAAAGGCUUGACUAGUAUUGGGUUUGAGAAAUAUCUUGCUGCAGAAGCACUCCGCAUAAAUGAAAAUGAUGCCGACAGAGCAUUAGAUCUUUUGACAAAUCCUGAAGAGAACUCUAUCCUACAAAGUAAUAUUGAGUCAAGGAGGAAGCGACCAUCCCGUGGCUUGGGUGCAGGCUCAUCGAGAGCUGCAGCUGCUUCUGCCGUGAAUGCUUCAACGGUAGUUAACACUGCACCACAUGUCCCGGAUGGGAACACUACUGAGGGUAACCAUGAGCAGCUUGUGAGCAAUGAAGCUGCUGUGAACAACAGUGGAGAAGCUCUGAACCGUGAUGAAGUUAUGAACGAUGAAGGAGCUGUGAACAACAAUGGAGAAGCUGGGAACAAUGAAGGAGCUCUGAACCCUGAUGAAGCCAUGAGCGAAGAAGAUGAUGAAGGCGAGCAAGCAGCGAGCCACAAUCAACCUCCUGCCAGGGACGUGGUGAUGGAGAAUGAGCUUGCCAAUGAGCUGACAGGGGAUGCCCUGGAUGACUACGAUAUUGAUGUUGCCAACGAAGGACAGGCCAUAACAGAGUACCUGAGCUUGCUGGAGCCUGCAGCUGCUAGCUCUUGAUGUGCACAGAAGUAUCUUAAAGCUCUGGGUGGAAGAACAUAGGCGUAGCUUGAAACUGGGUGUUCGUUUACUUUUGGUAGAGUUGGAUUUGUACAUAUGAAUAUGAUGCUACCUUUGAGCUAUUACUAAGACACCUGCAAACUCAUUAGUCACUUUGUGCUGAGUGAAUUUAUCACGUGAUCUGAGGUCACUAUCUUAUACAAAAUCUCCUGUGUGCAUACUAAA